AUGCUUGUACGUCAAUUGUCUGUUGCUUUGGCCAUCGUGGCUUUAACUGAGGCUGCUCCUGCUUCCGUUAAGCAUGUCUUGCAUGAGAAGCGGGAAAAGCACGGUUAUGACUGGGUAAAGGGGGAUCGGGUCGAGGGUGAUGCCGUUUUGCCCGUUCGCAUCGGUCUGAGUCAAAAUAACCUCGAAAAAGGAUAUGACUACCUUAUGGAAGUGUCUGAUCCGAACUCUGGUCGUUAUGGGAAGUAUUGGUCUGCGGAUGAUGUGCAUGACAUGUUUGCACCAUCGAAAGAAGCCGUAGAUUCUGUUCGACAAUGGCUUGAAUCAAGUGGAAUCGACCCGUCUCGUGUUGUCCACUCUGACAACAAGGGCUGGAUCGCAUUUGAUGCUUAUGCACAUGAAGCUGAACGGCUGUUUCUGGCCGAGUUCUAUGAGCACAAGCAUGCAUCAAGUUCAAGUAUGAAGAUUGGAUGCGACCAAUACCAUGUCCCAGAGCAUAUCCAGGGCCACAUCGACUAUAUCACACCAGGUGUUAAGUUGUCGCCAAUUGUCAAGAAGCAAACUAAGGCGAAGAGGGCUUCUCAGAUUGCCCAUUCUAAGCCUAAUUCCAAGGCUGCAUCUUCUGCUGAAGACCACUACUCCAUUCCUGCUAAAGCUAAAUCUCUCCCGGAGGAUCUCCAGGCUUGUGGAUAUAACAUGACUCCUACUUGCAUCAAGGCCAUGUACAAGAUUCCCGACUCCAAGACUGCUGUCAAGGGCAAUUCUCUUGGUCUUUAUGAGCAGGGUGAUUACUUUGCCAAGUCUGAUCUUGACAAAUUCUACAAGGAAUAUGCCCCUUGGGUUCCCCAGGGUACUUACCCAAUCCCAGCUAUGAUUGAUGGAGCGAACUAUUCUGUUCCAGCUUCCAGCUCAUUAAAUACUGGCGAGUCUGAUAUUGAUAUUGACAUGGCAUUUGCUCUGCUUUACCCUCAGUCAGUGACUUUGUACCAAGUUGAUGAUCAAAUUUAUGAGCCAGAGGAGGUUGCAACUACGAACCUCUUCAAUACAUUCCUCGAUGCUCUCGAUGGCUCCUACUGCACAUACUCCGCCUACGGCGAGACAGGUGACGACCCAAGCAUCGACCCUGUCUACCCUAACCCAUCUGCUGGUGGCUACAAAGGAAAACUCCAAUGCGGCAUCUACAAACCCACAAAUGUCAUCAGUGCGUCCUAUGGCCAAUCGGAAGCAGAUCUUCCAAUUGGCUACACCAAGCGUCAGUGCAAUGAGUUCAUGAAACUAGGCCUACAAGGUCAUUCCAUUCUUUUCGCAUCUGGCGAUUAUGGUGUAGCCUCAUUCGCAAAUGAUGGAGCUGCCAACGGAUGUCUAGGCCCAGAAGGCAAGAUCUUCAACCCACAAUAUCCCUCAAACUGCCCCUACGUAACCUCAGUUGGAGGUACCAUGCUCUAUGAUUAUCAAACUGUGGAGGAUGGGGAGAGCGUCAUGCACGUAAAUCUAGGAGGCACUGCAACAAACUUCUCUAGCUCUGGCGGUUUCUCGAACUACUUUCCUCAGCCUGCAUAUCAAAAGGCCACUAUUGAGAAGUACUUCAGGAAGGCUGAGCUAAGUUAUCCGUACUAUUCUGAAUUUGAGGUCGAUGUCAAUACUACCAAGGGACUUUAUAACCGCAUUGGUCGUGCUUACCCGGAUGUCUCGGCCAAUGGGGCCCAGUUUCGUGCGUACACUGCUGGCGAGAACUACCAUUGGUAUGGAGCAAGUUUGGCGUCACCUUUGUUUGCUUCGGUCCUUACUUUGAUCAACGAAGAGCGUCUCUUGAAGGGCAAGGGCACUGUUGGCUUCAUUAACCCAGUUCUCUAUGCUUUCCCCGAAGUUCUCAAUGAUAUCACCAACGGAACAAGUGCCGGAUGUGAUACUAAUGGAUUUGCAGCCAUUGAAGGAUGGGAUCCAGCAACUGGCCUGGGAACACCGAACUUCCCCAAAAUGAAGAAGCUUUUCCUCAACCUGCCUUGA